AAGUAAAAUUAUAAAAAUGUUAACAAAAUUCUUUAUGAAUUGCCAGGAGUAUAUAGAAAAUUAUAAUAUACAUUUGAUCAACACAUUAUUCUUAAGCUUUUCGGUGGUAAUAAUUGCACUCGGUAGCCUGAUGAUUAUGGUAGAAAGUGUUUUACCUACGUUUAUUAGAAAAACUUUCCGUUAUGGUAAACAUAAAUGUAAUGGCGAUGAACAUUCGCUGGCUAAUAAGCUCGAGGUACCGAAAUCAUGGUUUGCACAUUUUUAUAUGUUUGCCUUCGGAUGGUCGAUCUGUGCUUUCUACUUAGUAUUAAAAGGUAUGAUAAUGCAUAGUACUGCGCCUGAUCUAGUGGUAAUCUUUUUAGAUUUUAUCGGCGGCGGCAAAAAUGACCGCAAAGUAUUAAUAAAAUCUAAUGAGGCUUUAAUAGCUACGCUGCUAAUGACCUUGCAAUGUGUACGACGUUUUUAUGAAACGAAUUUUGUGCAAAUCUUUUCCCGUAAAAAUAAAAUGAAUUUAUUCCAAUAUAUUGUUGGAUAUUUGCAUUAUUUCGGUUCCAUUUUAGCAUUGUUAAUAAAUACCGAGGGCUUCGUGAAAGAUUCUACACCUUCAACAUUCAGUUUCACCAAAAUUACACUUGUCCAGUAUAUAUGUUUGGCUCUGUUUCACUUUAGCUGGUCUCAACAAUGGAAAACAAAUAUGAUAUUCGUCAAUUUACGGAAAGACUCUAAAACUGGUAAAAUUCACUCGGAGCAACAUCUACUCCCUCGUGGUGGUCUUUUUGAAAUGGUUUCUUCUCCGCAUAUGUUUUUUGAAAUUCAAAUGUACGUCGCUAUUAUGGGUAUAUUGCCACAAAGUCUCACGUGGAAAUUAAUUGUUAUAUGGGUUACUGGAAACCAGAUCGUGAACGCUUUGCUAACUCAUAAGUGGUAUAAAGAAAAUUUUAAGAACUAUCCGAAGAAUCGCAAAGCUAUAAUACCGUUUUUAUUAUAGAUUUUGCUCUCCUAUUUUUUU